AUGAUUCCAGAGGAGCGAGCAGGUUUCCGUAGGCGGAGAUGUGCAAUGGACAAUCCAUUCACCCUUCAGACAGCUCUCCAAGCACGCCUGCGGCUAACUGGUGGUAAAGUCUGCGCCCUCUUUGUGGACUUUAGAAGGGCGUUCGACUCUUUGCGGCAUCGUCUGCUCUGGUCCAAACUUGCCCAUCUCGGAGUAAACUUCAAGAAAAUUCGCAACAUCAAGCGUCUCUAUGACCGGGCCUCAAUUCAAAUCAGGACAUCUGAGGGCCUCCCAGAUCUGGUGAACGUUAGUGAAUGUAUUCUGCAGCGGAAAAAGCUAAGCCGGCUCUUCUUCAACCUCUUUCUCUCGGACAUAGUGUCGUUCUUCAAUAUCAAUGGUGAUGUGGAAGUUGACGUUGACGCGAGGACCCAGGUUCCAAUGUUGCUUUACGCUGACGACCUGGUUAUUUUUGCCAACAGCCCGGUGGACUUGAGGAGGAAAUUGGGUGUUUUAGAGAGUUAUUGCGAGGAGAACAGCCUGACUAUAAACAUCGGCAAGACGAAAAUUAUGGGCUUCAGGAGAGGCGGUCCAUUACCCAAGGCCAGCCAUGCCUUCGCCUUCAACGGCUCUCCUGUGGACAUUGUGAGGUCAUAUGUAUAUCUUGGAGUCACCUUCUCUUCCUCGUCCAUGGGCUCCUGGGCCGCUAAGGCAGCCGCAGGAAAAGCUAAGGCAGCAACUGCUUCUGCUCUGGAUAUUCUGUUCAGAAUUCAGGCGCACACCUGGGAUGGCAUAAGUAAGCUAUAUGAUAGCCUCGUUGCCUCUACGCUGCUGUACACUAGCUGGAUCUGGGGCCUUCGUGCUGGUGAGCUCAGGACUCUCGAAAAUGCUCAACUCUUCUUCCUAAAGAAACUCCCUCGGAAUGCACCUGGGUAUCUGGUGAGGCUUGAAACCGGCGUUGACAAUAUCCGCUGCAAGGUACUAAGGCAGGCCCUAUGA